GCAUAUUAAUGAGCUCGGAGCGGAUUUAAAAGAGGCCUGGACGGGCGGAGGGAGACUGUGGAGAGAGCCCAGAGCCGAGCGCAGAGCGCUGCGGGGUGCCACAGCCGCGAGGCUCCCACCGACGGGCGCAGCAGGAGCGAGGGGAGCCAGGAGGCGCGCUCCGGGUAGGAAGAGCCAAGCCCGGCACACGAACGCGCGGGCGCCCUCCCCGAGUCCCUGCUCCCGCGCCGUGCCCCUCGGCCAGCAUGAGGGUCCUGACGGCAGCGCUGCUUCUGCUGCUCCUGGCGCUGUGCGCCGCGCGCGUGGAUGGGUCCAAAUGCAAGUGCUCCCGGAAGGGACCCAAGAUCCGCUACAGCGACGUGAAGAAGCUGGAAAUGAAGCCAAAGUACCCGCACUGCGAGGAGAAAAUGGUUAUCAUCACCACCAAGAGCGUGUCCAGGUACCGGGGUCAGGAGCACUGCCUGCACCCCAAGCUGCAGAGCACCAAGCGGUUCAUCAAGUGGUACAACGCCUGGAAUGAGAAGCGCAGGGUCUACGAAGAAUAGGGUGAAAAACCCCUGAUGGGAAAGCUUCACACCAGUUGGGACACAAGCAAAGGACUUUGCAGAUUAAAAAAACAAACCCUUUCUUUCUCACAGGCAUAAGACACAAAUUAAAUAUUGUUACAAAGCACUUUU